AUGGCCAAGAAGCCCAAAGUGACCUUGCCACCCAUUGCAUGGGAUGCCAAUGACCACACACUUGUUUGGCAACUAAUAUCAGAGAUCACAAAGCCUCAAAAUCUAAAGGUUUUGUGUGGUAAGUCCAAGCACAAGAACACUUCAGGUGAGACAAAAGCCAGCAUUUUUUGGCACACUGGCUCUGUCCUGCUGCCUGAGCUGUACAGCAUGGAUGCUGCAGCCACCAGGGAUCAGAUUAAACACAAAUAUCAAGGGCUCAUGAAACUGUACAAGCAGCAUGUGAAGAGGCUUGCUAUCACUGGGGAGGGCAUUGGCACUGAUGCUGAGGAUGGUAUGGAUGUAGAGACCUGUACAUACUUCAUCAAGGCUACUAGGCCAAAUGAGGGCACUCCUAUGGAAGCAAGAAACAUCUGGGAUGAUAUUAUCUCCCAGUUCCCUUUCUUCCCUGAUCUCCAUUGCAUCUGGGCUAUGAAACCUAACAAAAAUCCCAUUGCAGUCACUAUGGGUGUUGGGCCCUCCAGAAAGAGGGCACUGAUCAGGUGA